AUGUUGCAGCCCGUAAAGAUAUGCGGAAAAUGUUCGUCCGGCGGUUCGGUUGGACAGAUGCUCGGAUGCGAUAUGUGCGACGUCUGGUUCCAUGCUGCUUGCGUAGAUGAGACGGAUACGAACCUCAACCCGGACAGGACUUGGAAGUGCAGCCGUUGCGUGAAGGACGACGCUGGGGAGGUAUCUGGCCAUCACGCUAGCAAGUCGGUGAGGAGUUCGGCUAGUAGCAGAACCCGACGGGAAUUACUUCUGCAACAACUGGAGGAACAACGCGCCUUGAAGCUAAAACAACGCGCGGAAGAGGACGAGAUAAGGAGAAAGCGUGCUGAGGAGGAUGAAGCGUUUCUCCAACAAAAAAUGGAGCUUAUCCUGGACGAUGACAACGAAAGCAGGCGUAGUAAGCUUAGCAGUCGGGCUAGCAGGCAAAAGGUCGAAGACUGGCUCAACAACGGCCGAGGCGGCCAAACAGUAGCGACCGGUCCGGCAGCAGCACACCUACCAGAGUGUGCACCCUCAACUUCUGGGCUGCAGAGAGAGGUUCCAACAUCGACGUCAACACCUCAGGCAGGUAAAACGCACAAGCUAGUAGUAGUAGAAGACCCUCGAAAUGGUGUGGGAACUUGCCAGGGGCAAGCAGUCAAGCCUCCAAUUUCGCGAAGUACAAUCAUACCUCCGUUCGUGGGAGCCUCCACAACAGCACCCAUAGUGUUUCCAAGUGUUACCGUGCAAAACGCUAAGGUGUCAGUUCUACCGUCGUCGACGUCAGUUCCCAAUAUAAAUGCCGAACAGCGAGCACCAGCAGUCAGCGCAGUGGAAUCAUUCGACGGCGCAGGGGCAGCCGAGUUGCAGCCAAAUCCAGCAGGCGUACAGCUGUUUGGUGGACCACAAGUGGGAGUAUCGCUUCAGCCCGCGCCUAGUAGUGCGCAGUUAGCAGCAAGGCAGGUGAUGCCACGCGACUUGCCAAACUUCUCCGGCGAUCCACAAGACUGGCCCUUGUUUUCAAGCUCCUUCUACAACUCUACGACAGCAUGUGGGUUCACAGAUGCGGAGAAUCUUGCCAGGCUUCAACGAUGCCUGACAGGGCAUGCGCUGGAUUCAGUAAAGAGUCGUCUGCUGAUGCCGGAAUCUGUACCACAUGUGAUGGAAACAUUGCGUAAGCUGUAUGGACGACCAGAGGUGCUCAUCCACACACUCCUACGAAGACUGCGCAGUGUACCAUCACCGAGAACCGAGAAUCUACAGUCGGUCAUCACGUUCGGGAUGGCCGUACGGAACUUGGUCGACCACAUGUUCGUAGCGCAGCUGAUUGACCACCUUCGUAAUCCUAUGCUACUACACGAGCUAGUAGAAAAGCUUCCGUCGUCGAUGAAAAUGCAGUGGUCGUGGUAUAAGCGAUCACAAGCGGAAGUCAACCUUGCAACAUUCGGGGAAUUCAUGACUGAAAUGGUCAACACGGCCUCAGACGUGACUCUGCCAACAAUAGAUGACGCUGUUCACCAAUCUAGACCGAACCAGGCUGGGAAAGAUAACCAGAAACUAUACGUGCACGCUCAGGCACGAGGCGAACUAGCGUUGACAACGAGUACUGCAGGCGGAUCGAAUUGUGCAACAGGACCAGCCGAAACAAGGCGAUCGUGCCACUACUGUUCAAACGAGGAGCACGAAGUAGUCACGUGUCCACAGUUCAAGUCAUUGGACGUAGAUGGCAGGUGGAAGGCAAUGCGGUUGAAAGGUCUAUGCAGAACGUGCCUGAUCCCGCAUCGAAAAUGGCCAUGCCGUUCAGGAAAGGAAUGUGGAGUCGACGGUUGCCAGAUGCGUCACCAUGCACUGUUGCACUCGCGGGGCGCUAUGGAGUCAUCGACUGGACAAGUGGGACUUGAAAGAAGAUCGGGUCCAAGCGGAACGAAUGUCAUUCAGCAGAAUCACCAUUCAGCGUUGAACUUUUGCCUUUUCCGGUAUUUGCCGGUAACCCUUGAGGGAAAUGGAAAACAGGUGGAAACGUUCGCUUUCCUUGAUGACGGUUGUCAAACAACGCUUAUGGAAGCCGGACUGGCAGCUGACUUGGAUAUCGCCGGGCCAGCUGAGUCCCUUUGGCUAGGAUGGACGGGCAACAUUUCACGAGAGGAAAAGGGUUCGCAACGAUUAUCAGUGAAAAUAUCCGGCGGCGGGAUGAAGAAUCAGUACAAGUUGAGCAACGUACGUACGGUCCAGAAGCUUCAACUGCAAGGACAAACGUUCCACUACGAAGAGCUGAUGAAGAUGUACCCACACCUACGAGGACUUCCGCUACGCAGUUAUGUCAACGCCGCGCCCAGAAUCAUCAUCGGUAUUGAACAUGCACAGCUGUUGACUGCAUUGAAGGUACGAGAGGGCAAGCCGAACGAUCCAGUAGCAGUUAAGACUCGAUUAGGUUGGUGCGUUUACGGCAAGCAGACAUCUGGAGAUAGUUCAGCCAUCGAGCGAGUACAUCUACACACGGAGGAGGAACAAAUUGGGAAUCGUGAGCUCCAUGAUUUGAUGAAGCAAUACUUUGCUAUUGAGGAAGCUGCGGUAGCCACCCCUAUCGAGUCGGCAGAAGACAGUCGAGCUCGUGCAAUCUUACAGAAAACGACGCGCAGGGUUGAAGGAGGUUUUGAAACUGGUCUGAUCUGGAAGUACGACCAUCCGGUUUUUCCGGAUAGCUUUCCUCUAGCCCUCCGGAGACUGCAGUCGUUAGAAAAGCGUCUAGCAAAGGACCAAGAGCUGGGAGAAAAAGUGAUGUCGUUGAUUCGAGAUUACGAAAGGAAGGGAUAUGCGCACAAAAUCACACAGGAGGAGUUGGAAUCUACCGAUCCUAGCCGCGUGUGGUAUCUGCCGCUGGGAGUAGUGAGGAACCCGAAGAAACCGGAGAAGGUCCGUCUAAUCUGGGAUGCUGCGGCGCGGAUACAUCGACUAUCGUUCAACGAUAUGCUUCUCAAAGGACCAGACAUGAUGACAUCAUUGGUUGCUGUUUUAUUAAGAUUCAGGCAAAGAUCGAUCGCAAUUUGUGGGGACAUCCGUGAAAUGUUUCAUCAGGUGCGGAUCAUUGCUGAGGACAAGCAGUCGCAGAGAUUUUUAUUCCGUUAUCACCCAGAUGAGCCACCGCAAAUCUAUGUCAUGGAUGUGGCAACGUUUGGUGCUACAUGCUCUCCCUGCUCGUCGCAGUUCGUUAAGAACAAAAAUGCACAAGAGUUCGCGUCGCAGUUUCCAAGGGCUUCGGAGGCCAUUAUCAAAGCCCACUACGUAGACGACUACCUGGAUAGCGUAGACACUGUUGAGGAAGCGGUUCAGCUAGUCAACGAGCUGUUCUUCGAAGCCUGGGUGAAACGGAGCGUUCGCCGAAAUCUCUGGAUCUGGAAGGUUCAGCUUAUGUCGAGCGAAUCCUGGGCAUGGUGUGGAAGCCAGCUGAAGAUUUGUUCUCCUUUCGAUGUAACGGUGAAGGAUGACCUGAAGAACUUUCUGGAAGGAAAUACUGUGCCGACGAAGCGACAAGUGCUGCGACUGGUUAUGUCGCUGUUUGAUCCCUGUGGAUUCAUUGCCCACUACAUCGUACAUGGUAAAAUCCUGAUGCAGCAUAUUUGGAGGUCAGGUACGGAUUGGGACGAUGGUAUCUCGCCGGAGCUACAAGGUAUGUGGAGAAACUGGAUUCUACUACUGGAGCGGUUAGCAGAAGUUGAAGUCCCACGUUGUUUGUUCGGUAGAACCAGCAGUAAGGUACCCGCCUGCAUACAGCUGCACGUCUUCGUUGAUGCUAGUGAGCUAGCCUAUGCGUGUUGUGCCUAUUUAAGAAUAGUGCAGGCAGGUGUUGUCCAUUGCUGUCUCGUCGCGGCGAAAACAAAGGUAGCUCCCUUGAAGCCACUGUCAAUUCCACGCCUUGAGCUGCAAGCUUGCGUAAUCGGAUGCCGCCUCAUGGAAACCGUUUGCGACACCCUAGAUCUGCCAAUCGAAGGACGGUAUUUGUGGACGGACUCCGCAACGGCGCUCGCCUGGAUAAAAUCCGACAGCCGACGCUACCAUCCAUAUGUAGCCUUCCGAGUAGGCGAAAUACUGAAUUCCACCAGUGUAGAUGAAUGGUUCCACGUUCCAUCGAAACAAAAUGUAGCCGACGAUUCUACGAAAUGGGGAAGUGGUCCGAACUUCAGCCCAAACAGUCGCUGGUUUGCCGGCGAAUCAUUCCUGUAUGAACCAAUGAUCAAAUGGCCAAAGCAGACCGAGUUACAGUGGAAAACAAAUGAAGAAUUGCGUGCUGCAUUCCAUCUUCAUCAAGAGUUACCAAAAUCAACUAUUGACGUUAGCAAGUUCUCCAACUGGAGCCGUUUGUUGCGAGCAACUGCGUAUGUCCAACGAGCAGCGCAAAACUUCCGUGGUCGGAAGAUAGGAGGAGAGCUGACAAGUGAUGAGCUGUUGCAAGCUGAAAACCUUUUAUGGAGUCAAACACAGAUGCAAGCGUACCCGGACGAAUACAGCGUGCUGAAGCAUAACCUGGAACAUCCGGAAACAACACCGAAGCUGUUAGAGAAAAGUAGUUCAUUGUUUCAAGAAUCUCCUUUCAUGGACAGCGCAGGAGUAAUCAGAAUGAAUAGUAGGAUUUCAACCGCUCCUUCCGCACCGUUUGCAACCAAAUAUCCCGUGAUUCUUCCCAAGGACCACGCUUUAACACGUCUGCUAGUUGAUAGUUACCACCGGCGUUUUCUGCACAUGCAUAACGAAACUGUCUUGAACGAAGUUCGCCAAAGAUUCAGAAUUCCGCAGUUACGUCCGGUUAUCAGAAGGGUUGCUAGAGACUGUCAGCGCUGCCGAAUCACAAAAUCCGUGCCACAAGCUCCGAUGAUGAGCCCACUUCCAGCAGUUCGGCUUACUCCUAACGUCCGGGCGUUCAGUUACACUGGUGUGGAUUACUUCGGCCCAAUCAUGGUGAAGCAGGGACGCAGUUUGGUGAAGCGCUGGGUGGCGCUGUUCACGUGCCUCACCAUACGUGCGGUACACUUGGAAGUUGUCCACAGCUUAUCGACGCAAUCCUGCGUUAUGGCUAUUCGACGCUUUGUUAGUCGUAGGGGCGCCCCCGAAGCCUUUUACUCUGACAACGGGACGUGUUUUAAAGGGGCCAGCAAUUUGCUUGCAGAUCAGCUGAAGGAAAUCCAUGAGGGUUGCGCAGUGACCUUUACGAACGCCAGAACUACCUGGCAUUUCAACCCGCCAUCAGCUCCACAUAUGGGCGGUUGUUGGGAGCGGAUGGUUCGCUCCGUCAAGGUGGCAAUGGCAGCCGUCGCAGACCACACGCAUCAUCCGAAUGAUGAGGUACUGGAGACUGUGGUUUUAGAAGCUGAAUCCAUCGUCAAUUCGCGUCCACUGACCUACAUCCCGGUAGAUGACACAAAUCAGGAAGCCCUUACACCGAAUCAUUUCCUGCUCUACGGUAAUCAAGGAGUCGUUCAACCCAGAACAGCGUUUUCGGUGGAAGGAGCAACAUUGCGGGACAGUUGGAAGCUGACACAAUACUUAUCGGAUCUGGUUUGGAAGCGAUGGGUGCGUGAGUAUUUGCCAACGUUGACCAGGCGCACAAAAUGGUUCCAGCCUACGAAACCAUUGGAACCUGGAGAUGUUGUGUUUGUGGUCGACGAGAAUAAACGAAACGGAUGGCUGCGAGGACGAAUAAUUGAGGUAGUUCAAGGAAAGGACGGACAAGUUCGGAGAGCCGUUGUGCAAACCAAUGACGGGAUCUUGUCGAGGCCGGCCAUCAAGUUAGCGCUGAUAGAUGUCCGUUCAAACCGGAAGCAGCAGCCCGAUGACAGGAGUUCCCCGGAACUACACGGGAGGGGGAAUGUAAAAGACCAACAGGGCAGUCAGGUCAUGCGGCAAGGACUUCACGUGGUGCACAAGAGUGACAACACGCUUCGGGACUUACUAUGCAACCUGAAGGAUAAAGUCCCACCGGACGAACAAUCAGGUAUAUAUCGAAUACCUUGCGAAGACUGCCCAGCAGUUUAUAUUGGCCAAACACGCCGCAAAAUUAAGGUGCGUCUGAGGGAACACAGAACAGCGGUAGAGUCGAACAAACCGAACGAAUCCGGGGUAGCGGCACAUGCGGCGGCAUCCAACCACAACAUAAGUUGGAAAAAUGCGAAGAUGAUCAAACCAGUGAGAAAGGCCGCGCUCCUCAACGCAUGGGAAUCGAUGCUCAUCACCAACACUAAGGGACCAUUGAUGAACGAAGAUGAUCCCCCCAUCGCAUCGUGUCUCUUCAACCUGGUGGAUAACAACAGUAAAUAA